GCUCCCGAACGCAUCACGUCCCUUGGCUUCCAACGGGCCUACUCGAGAGGAGCAGCAGGAUUCGAGUCUGGCCUUCAAGCUGCCCACGACUGGCAGCCUCCACACGUAGGGAGUAAGUACCUCGCACUGUGGGGAGCAGCCGCUUAAGGAAACGAAACACUGAGGGAAUGAGGCGAAUGCCGCCUCCCAAUUCAUUCUUCGCAGGUGACGAAGAACCUGAGGCCCGUGAGGCGCCAUAUUGUGUGGAAGCUUUAUAACGACGGCGGCGGGGGGAAACUUUUGUUGAGGGGUUUAACGCUCCCCCCCCCAAAAAAAACCCGUCCAUUACAUGCAAGUUUAUGACGGGGGAAUUCGCUUCCAAUGGCAAGGAAUAGCGUGGAGGGAUUUUUUUGUUUUGUUGUUUGGGGGGGGGAGGGGUGUGGAGAGCAGAGACCGUGAGGUGGAAGACAUGGUAUACGACAGUUGAGCUCCCCAUCCCUAAAGGCACUGGCUGAGGGAGCUGGCGCGGCCGUUGCUCCCUCGGCCUCCAACGAGGCGCGGGCGGGGCUUCCCAACGCCCCGCCCCUCCGCGGUUUUGGCCGUUGGAGGGGUAGUUUGGGGAGGCGGGGCUUCGGCCCCCCUCGGGGAGCCCAGGGGCCGUUUGGAGGCGGCGCGAGGGCUGGGAGGCGGGUGGUGGGCGGGGCCGCCCUCCCGUCGGUUGCUAAGGGGGUGCUUGGUUACCUGGUUUGGGCCUGCCCUCAGAGGUGGGCAGGUGGGGGCGCUGACGCCAUUGGUUACCUGCCUGGAGCUGGCCAGGUUUCCUCCCCAAUUCGCAUCCCCCCCCCCCAGAAAGGAGCUUCGAUUGCAUGCUUCACCUGCCACUGGAGAAGAGGGGGGGUCUCAUUCAGAAGGGGCUCAGUCCCUCUUUCCCCUUGAAAAGUUUGAUUGCCAGGGGCUGAAGACACCCUCUAAUUGUUUUUAAAAAUAUUAUCUUAUGCAUUUUUAAAGGGUGGUGUGCAAUUAUCUUGUGCUUUCCCUUUUUGGCUCUGGGUUUUGAAGUACCCUGCGCUUCUCCUUUUAAAAAAAGGAUAGGACCCCCUUUCCAUCCCCCAAACCCAUCCACACACACACACACAUCCCAAGGGAGGAUUGGAUAUUUUAUUUGGCAUCUUUUAACUUCAGGCACUUUUUGGAGAACGUAACAUUUCAAUUUUUAACAAAACAUUGAGCCACUCAUAUGCUUUGGAUGCCAUCGAUGUUUUUUAGCUUUUGGCGCUGUCAAGAAUUGGGAAAGUUAAUGUGCAGAGGAUGUAAUGGAAGCAUAAGGCAAAUCAACAACUGUUUUGUGGAGGCUAAUCAGCGCAUCUUUAAAAGCACUAGCUCCUGAUUGCACCUAUUAUUUGCAAAGUUUUGCUGCACCAAGCUGGUGGUGUUUACUCCCUGUACAUUCAGCUUUCUGAAGACUUUGAGACAUUGGUAUUCGCCAGUAUCAUGUCAGACUCAACCUCCAAGGUGUCCGAAACUUCCAACCCUCGGGCUGUGGUUACAGAUCCAGCUUCUACUGCUUCUGCUGCUGAAGGCCCAGCAGAUUCCUCUUUCGGUGAGCAAAACCUGAGCUUCACCACCACGGAUCUCAGCCUGGUGGAAAUGACAGAAAUAGAAUACACACAACUUCAGCACAUACUCUAUUCCCAUAUGGAGGCACAAGCAAAUGAAAAUGAAGCAGAAAAUAGGCUGAAUUCAAGUUCCUUCUCCACUAACAAUCCUGCAAAUCAAUCACAAUACCUGUCAUCAUCUAGUAACAGUCUAAGUGGCUUUUCAUCAAACAGUUCUGGAAACCAGUCACUUUAUCCCAUUAUCUGUCAGUCUGGUUUAGCCUCUGACAGCAAUUUCAUGGGUCCUAAUCAGUGUCUAGGGCACAUUGACUUCCAGGAGCUAAGAAUGAUGUUGCUCAGUGAGUCUAGCAUCCCUCCAAACCAAGCUGAAAAAACUCCCAAUAGUAGCUCUGUGGAGAUGACUGGGCAGAGUUCAGUUAAAGCCAAACAUAGUGAAAACUUGGGCGGGCUAAAUAAAGAAAAUUUGCCUGUGGAAAAUUCAGCACCAAUUCUUGAAUCCAGAGCCAAAUCUGCAGUCCGUGUUCGAUUGGAAGACAGAUUCAACAGUAUCCAGGCUGAACUUCCCAGAUGUCAAGAAACCCAGGAAACUGGAGUAGCCAUUAACAAUUUAGUAACUCUAAUUCGCCAUCCUUCAGAAGUGAUGGGUGUUCCUCUCCACCAGCAACAGAACAAAUGUACCACAUUAGUGAAAAAUAAGACUGCUGCUACUACGACUACUGCAUUGCAGUUUACAUGCCCACUGUUUAAUCCGAAUGUUGCUUCUCCUGUAACUGGAAAUGCAAACCCUUCACAAACACAGAGCUCUGGAGCCUCUGUUCUGGAAACAGCCAAACAUCAAGAUCUUGGGUUACCUCGAGCUUUUUCUAUUUGUUACCAGCAGGAAAUUGAGGCUACAAAACAGACUGUUGGGCCUAGAAAUAAGGCACUGCCUGAACAUGUUUGGAUUAAAUUAGGAGGAGAUGCUAUAUGUAAGCAAACAAUAAACAAAAGAAGUCGUAGUCGAAUACAUCCUUUGGACACCAAUGUGCAGCGCAAACCUCUUGGUGAUAUUCAGAAUGUGUGUGAUACCCAAAACGCUGGCCCAGCUCAUAGCACUUGGCAAGCAACACAACCAACCCAGAGCACACAAAGUGGAACUCAAGGUGGUACCUCUCAGCGUCGGGAGAGACAUAACCGGAUGGAAAGAGACAGAAGGCGCAGAAUCAGGAUUUGUUGCGAUGAACUUAAUCUUCUGGUUCCAUUUUGCACUUCGGAUACUGACAAGGCAACAACUUUACAAUGGACAACAGCAUUUCUAAAAUAUAUUCAGGAACGACAUGGGGAUUCUCUGAAAAAGGAAUUUGAGACCGUGUUCUGUGGUAAAACAGGCAGACGACUAAAGUUAACAAGAUCCGAUUCACUAGCAACGUGCUCGACACAGGAGAUUACUCAGAAUGGCACACCUAUGGAGAUAAAAUAGUUGGCUCUCUAUAGUCAAAAACUGGUGUAAAGGGUGAACAUGCAAGGAU